AUGGUCCACGCAGACGCAUCGAAUUUUGCCCAGGGGGUCACCAAGGAGGAGGCUUACCAGCAGGUCCUAAUGCAAGCGGAAGGUCUAUUUUAUGAGCAGCGGAAUUGGGUUUGGUGA